AUGCCUCCCUGUGUCAGGACCCGUAAACCACACCGUCGCGGGCGUGGAUGUAGGUCCGACGAAAUAACGUACACCGUCCGCAGGCCUGCCCCGUCUUCCAUCCCCCGAUCCUCCUUACCCCCACCUUCCUUCCCCUGCCCUCCACUUCCGUCACUUGAGAGAGUUGUUCUUGAGAACUCCGACGAAACCAUGUCCAGAUUGUUCCCCGUGAUCACCACCCGUCGCGAGCCCAUGCGUGAAACAUAUGUCUUAUGGGACAUGUCGGAUUACUCAAUCCCUGAAAAUUUCGAUCCUCUUUCGAUUGGGAUUCAAAUCAGAUCGGCUAUUGAAAACGAAGGUUAUCUUGGGCAAUUGCAUAUCUGGCUUUACGGUGCUGAGAAUACCUGGUCGCCUGAAUUGAUUGUCCAGUUGGAAGCACUCGAUUUUUUUGUCUAUCCUUUAAAAGGGGUUAAACGAGCCAGACUUAGCUUGAUUCUAUCCUACUUUCUCGCCUUUGUAUUAGAGAUGGAUGCUCCAAAAAAUCUGUUGAUGCUCUCAUCGAACAAGGAGGAAAUGGAACAAGACCCCAAAUUCGCCAGGGUUCGUAAAAUGUUAGAAGUCAGAGGUUACUGUGUGGUCUCAGCACAGCCUGAGGCACUCAUCAACCCAGAUGUUCCGCGAAGUUUGCUGGUCCCCACCAAAUCGGAAGCUUACUUGCCAAGCGAGAGGAUUUGA